GAUGUGACGUGGAUAAGUCAGUGUGGGUGGGCGGUUGGCGCAGUGCGCGAGCGUUUGGCGUUUGUCUGUUGGCGGAUUGCUCGUCUGGACAGGCCACGGGACAAGGUAGACAAGCAGGUUCAUAUUAAAGCAGUGAUGGUGUAAAUUGAACUGGGCCCUUUGCACAAGUGGGAGAUGGGAGCAAAUAGCAGCAGCAUUGCUGAGCUUGCAACUAACAGCUAUCUUCAACGUCUUGCUGGCACAGAAACCAUAUCAGAGAAUGAUCCAUUCUGGAAUCAGCUUCUAUCAUUUUCCUUCACCACACAUACUAAUGGUACUGAUACACAGCUCUUGGAAGAGGCAACGCUUUCGAUUUCCAAAUUAUUGAUUGAAAACAAUCCUCGGACAGAAAACUUUCAAGCUCUUGUAAAGAUUUUCCUCAGUAGAACCAAAGAAUUGAAGGUCUCGGCUGAAUGUCAAGACCAGCUGUUUAUUUGGCAGGCCCACAAUGCCCUGUUCAUCAUUCGCUGUUUAUUGAAAGUCUUUGUCAGCCAAGUGCCUGAAGAGGAGCUGCAGCUUAAUUUUACGUAUCAAGAGAGACCACCAUUAUCUUAUGGGGCUGAGGCAGAAGAUCUCCUGGAGGAAUUGAUUUGUACUCUAGUACAUCUCAUUAUUGAAUUACCUUUAUUAGAUAUUACAUAUAACAUUCUUCUUGAAUCUGUGACUACGCUUUUAGUUCUACUGUCUUACCAACUAUUCCAGAAGGAAAUCAUUCGAGAGAGUUUAAUAUACAAAUGUUUGAUGCAAGGACAAUGCCUUCAGUAUACUAGCAGAGUUGUGAAAACAUUACUUUACAACUUCAUUCGGCAAGAGAAGUGCCCAUCUCCAAGGACUCAAAUUUUUGAACAGGCAUCUGAGGGAAGUGGAUUGCUAUAUGGCUUAGCAUCUGGUGUGGCGUCUGGCCUCUGGACAGUACUUACCUUGGGAGGAGUUGGGAAUAAGGCAACCCAGCAAGGGGAUCUGUCAUCUCCACUGGCUAACCGAAGUCUUCUGCUGCUGCUUGUUUUAUCUAAUUUGAGCAACAGACCAGAAAACCCAAAUCCAUACAGGCAGUCGAUAAUGUCAUUCAGGAACACACAAGAUAAUACUGCAAUUCAUUCACCAAACACCUACUGCUUCCAGAUAAAUUUCAACAGUUUGUACACAGCACUGUAUGAGCAGCAGAAAUCUGACCAGGCCACUCUUCUGCUGUAUACUUUGUUGCAUCAGAACCCAAAUGUGAGAACAUAUGUCUUGGCCCGUACUGACGUAGAGAAUUUGGUCCUUCCAAUUCUUGAAACUUUAUAUUGUGUUGAAGAACGUAAUUCUCACCAUGUAUACAUGGCACUCAUUAUUCUUCUAAUCCUUACUGAGGAAGAUUCAUUCAACCGUUCUGUGCAUGAAGUGAUACUAAAGAAUAUUACUUGGUACGCUGAGCGUGUCCUGACAGAAAUCUCAUUAGGAAGUCUUCUAGUUCUUGUGGUGAUACGAACUGUGCAGUACAAUAUGACCAGAACCAGGGACAAAUAUCUACAUACGAAUUGUUUGGCAGCAUUAGCUAACAUGUCUGCUCAGUUUCGGUCAUUACAUCAGUAUGCAGCUCAGAGAAUUAUCAGUUACACUUGCCGCCUCUUGCGGAGAUACCUGUAUGUGCUGGACAAAAUGUAUUUCCCCCGCCCUCACUGCACCACAUUGCAACAGUGGUUUUCAACUUGCAAUGACACUGGAGAGGACUUGAUAUACUUCCCUUGUUCCCACAUUCUCAAGUCCUAUGCAUCCAGUUUGUUUGCUCUGCUAUCGAAAAAACACAAUAAAGUUCUGGAACAGGCCACACAGUCACUGAGGGGUCCCAUUGGCGCAGAGGAAAAUUCACCAGUGCCCGAUUAUGCUCAAGACCUCAAUGUAAUUGAAGAGGUGAUCCGAAUGAUGCUGGAGAUCAUAAAUUCUUGCCUUUCCACUUCUCUUCACCACAACCCGAACCUGGUAUAUGCACUCCUGUACAAACGAGAUCUCUUCGAACAAUUCCGCACACACCCCUCCUUCCAAGAUGUGAUGCAGAAUCUUGACAUGGUGAUCAGCUUCUUCAGUCAUCGGCUGGAACAGGCGGGUGCAGAUCUGUCAGUGGAGAGAGUUCUGGAGGUCAUCAAACAGGGGGCUGUAGCAUUGCCUAAAGAUAAACUGAAGAAAUUCCCAGAACUGAAGUUCAAGUAUGUUGAAGAGGAGCAACCAGAGGAGUUUUUUGUUCCAUAUAUUUGGUCCUUGGCUUUUAACUCGACAGCAGAGCUAUAUUGGAAUCCACAGCAAGUUCAGCUUUUUACAAUGGACUCUGGCUGAGCACCUGUGUUUUGUGAUGAUUGUUUUGGGGGGGACGGGCAAAAGUUAACACAACAGCUUCAGAAGGCGAAUAAGAGACUUUUAUUCCAUUUUUGUGUGGUCUACAUCCACAUUAAGGACUUGUUUCUUUCAACAGGGUGAAUGGAAUUCAUGGAUGCCAUGUAAAUUGGAAGUUGUCAAUCACAGGCCAAACAGCUUCAAAUGCCUCGAGGGAAUAAUUAUAUUUGACUAACUUUUCACCAAAUAUUCUUGAUUAGUCAGACUAUGAAAUGAAUCACUUUGCCUGCCUUGGGCUGUGCCUAACAGGUCCUUCUGCAAAUGGUACAAUAAGCAUUGGUGGAAUGCAGCAUUAAAGAAAAAUGGCCUGUAAAAUAGAAUACUCACAUUUCUUAAAUAUAUUCAGAAUACUAAUAUCAUUUAUUGGUUAUAAUAAUGUUUGAUUAAAAUGUUGUGGAAUUGUUGUCAUUCCUGAUCCAAAAACGUUCUUGUCAGUAAGAACCAAGACACAGGUCAGGGCCUUUUUUUUCAGUUAGUAUAAAAGCUUGAAGAAAUUAAGAAAUAUAUUUAAUGACAAUGGUGCAGGUUGUGAACAAAUGAUUUCCAAUGGAGUUAUUGUUCAAAUCUUCUGACUUUCUAAACAGUGGUAGUAUCGUCAACUAAAACGUUUUUUAAAAUAUCUUUGUUGCAUUUUGCAAUACCAUAUUUAUUAUGUGCACAAUCAUGAACAAGAUACAAAACUAAGUUGAUGUAAUUUGAUAAGUGUAUCCUAGGCAGAUUUCAGAAAUGUAUUCUUAAUUGAAGAAUUUAGGUUAAAAUAAAUGCUUGAUCUCGCUUGAUGAUUUAGUGGAUAUAUACUCCUUGCUGGACUUUUGUACAGAGCUACAUGCACUAGGAUAAUUCCAGUUUAGCAUUUGUUCCUAGAAUGGUUCUACAGUAACUGUUUUCAGCUGUCUUGGGGAUGAGGCUCAAGGACUACAUUAUUUGCCACAAUAUCUGAUGGUAUAGGAAAUAGGAAUAAUGGUUGGUGUUGCCAUAUUGCCAGGUGAUGCCAGUAUACAGCCCAAAGACUAGCAUUACCUUUUUGCAUUCAACUGUGGCAUAUAACAUUUAGAUACAGAAGGAUGUUUUUAACUUCAUUGCAGAAAUUAUACAGUGAACAUUUUGCCUGCUUUAAUCGAGUCAUUUGACUGACAUCCUAUCUGCCUGUUAAAGAAAAUCACAUUACACUAUUUGCAGAAUAAGGGGAAGUUCUUCCACUGUCCUUACCAAUAAUCUAACACCCACUGGCCUAGCAUUUUCCAGAACCCAUGAUCCUGCCUCCAUUCUGGAGGUAUAGACAUGCACUGUUUUCAUGCCAGGGAAUUGGACAUGGACUAUGAAUAAUCUGAGUUGGCUAUAUAGGCAGACCAAACAAUCUAGGAGCAAUAUUAGGCCAUUUGGCUCAUCAACUCUACUAACCAUUUGACCAUGGCACAUGCAUUUCUCAACCCCAUUCUCCUGCCUUCUCCCUAAAAUCCUCGAUCCCCUUACUAAUCAAGAACCCAUCUAUCUCUGUCUUAAAUGCACUCAGUGACUUGGCCUCCACAGACCUCUGCAGCAAUGCAUUCCACAGAUUUGCCGCCCUCUAACUGCAAAAAUUCCUUCUCACCUCAGUUCUGAAAGGUCUUUCGCUCCGAGGCUAUGCCCUCAGAUCUACACAUACAUUCUAUCCAGGCCUUUCAGUAUUCUGUAAGUUUUAAUCAGAUACCCCCUCAAUCUUCUGAACUCCAUUGAGUCUAAUAUCCUGAGAUAGUUCUUGUAAACCUCCUGUGAAUCUCCUCCAAUGCCUGCAUAUCUUACCCUAGAUACCAGGCCCAAAACAGCUCUCACUAUUCCAAAUGCAGUCUGACCAGAGCCUUAGAUAUCCUCAGUGGUACAUCUCUGCUUUUAUAUUCUAGCCUCCUUGAAAUGAAUGCUAACAUAGACAGUCAGGUGGCAAAGUUGGAAGUCUAGAAAGCCUACCUCCAUCUGCUGGCGCAUUGAUCCGCUGUAAUCUUGACUGGUCUUUCAACCUUCAACCUCACCUGCUCUUUCCAUAUCCCCCAUUUUGUUACCCACUGUUCCUUUUUCCACAAAUUACACAACCACUGAGUCAUUGGUAAAUCAUUGAAAUGUUCCUGAAACAAACCUCAUUUACAAACACGCUUUGAAAUUUUGCUUUGAAAUAGAAACUGCUCAUUUUACAAUUUUAUAAAACUGUCAAUCUUACACAACAUUUCAUUGCAUUAAAACAAAAGCUUUACUCUAAUUCAGAUCUCUGAAUGUCAUGAAUAUGGAUACAAGAUGGAAUUUUAUAAUCACCUUGGCAGACAUGUUUUCAGUGAGAAUGCAGGUAAAAUACAUCAAUUGGGUAAUCCACUGCUUUCCUGCCUGCUCCAACCCACUCUCAAUAAUGUGGAGGAGGGUGGAAAAGAUACUCACUAGGUUGCCUGAGUUAUGGCUGUUGAGGUGCUGAUUAAAUUGUUGAAAAGGUGAGAAAGAAGCAGAGAGAUUGCAUCCUUUUGGAGGUGUCCUUUGUCCAUCAGGAGCACCCCAAAACCUUUACCCCAACUUUGUGCCUCCUUACAUAAGCUCUAAUAUCCAUUGUCUCCGUAGUCCUCACUGUCCCUCCUACAAUGCCCAAACCUGUCCUAUCCAAGAAACCUAGUACUCACCUUGCUUGAUGGGCUUCCUUGCAGUUUCACCAGUGCCUCUUAAUCUCUCAUGAAAGUUCUUCAUGAUGGGAAUUCUACUGAAAGCAACUGCAAAACGUAUCAGGCCACAGGCUUGGAAGAGCUUUUCAAAGAAAGAGCAGAGCUAGCAAGAACUGCAGAUGCUGGAGAAUCUGAGAUAACAAGGUAUAGAGCUGGAUGAGCACAGCAGGCCGAGCAGGAAGACUGACGUUUCGGGCAUAGACCCUUCUUCAGUAAUGAAAGAUCAGGUUGUUUUCAAAAAAAAAUCAGAUUGAUAUCUUUCAAUCUUUAUCAGAUCGAAAUAUAUCAAUCAAAACAAAGGUAGUGCUCACCUGAAAGCUGUUCAAUAUAACUGGAGGUUUGAUCCAUUAGUCAUUCUUGCAGAUCAACCAGGUAUUAAGAAUUAGUCCAUCUGGUAAAACAGAUGCCUGCUUAUCUCUCCAAACAACUUUUGUAGAUAUUAUGCGAAAUAGAUUGAAAGUUUCCUCAAUUGGACUGUCACUGCUUGUGACUGAUUAACAGCUUUAUGAGAAAGAAGAGCAAUGUUUUUCAAAGAGCUUGUUUCAUGGCUUUUUUUCCUGUUCCUGUCUCAGAAUUGGGCCUCCCUCUGUGGUUCAUAACUCCUCUGAGGUGCCAUGAACCAAGUCUCUUAACAAAAUUGGUUUGGCUCCAUCAAGAUUGCAGAGGGCUUGUAAUGCCCACUGACAGUGGAGCUGACAAGGGUGGCAAUGCUGUGUGCAGUUCACUGCCAUUACCCUCUUUCACAUUAGCAAAAAUGACCAGUAACAGGAAUGGGGCAGAAAUCCCCAAAUUAAGCCCUGUGCACCUUUAUUAAAUGGCUUCCAACUUACAAUAUCUAGGCCAAAGUUAAGGAUGUCCUAAGAUUCAUCGUUAAAUGCUGUUACAAAUGCAAAUUCUCAUGCACAGGCACAGAGAUCUUCUACAAUCAGUAGCUGUUAGCAAGUAGCCUAUACUUUCCAAUGUUAUUGGCUAUCUCCAUUAAAUACUUAAUUUUUUUCAACCCUGUGGUUAUAGACGGUGUACUAAUUUGAGCUGUUUUUAUUUGGUUUUGGCUAUUUAUGUAGUUAGUAAUAUCAGAACUUCUACAUUUUAAAACAUUGGAGACUUAGAACACUGGAACCCACUGUUAUGUGAUCCACCUUUAGGUUGUCCUAUAGUGGCAGUGAUUUUUAUGAUGUCCUGACAUAAGAUCAUGGUAAGUCUGUACUGCUAGUGUACAUGGCUAAUAUGUUGAGGUGCAGUCAGUACAAAUGUUGAAUGGUAAGCCUCCAUAAUGAGUCAGUAUAAAGAAAUACCAGCUUUACAUUCCAAAAUUUGUUGUUAAUGUGAUGAUGUUAGCUCUGGAUAGACGUACAUAUGUGUCUAAUUGAACACUUUAGCUGGUGGCUCAUAUUUUUUUCCCCUUUGAGAACAGUGUACCUUAUAAAAUAGAAAACCUGUGCAAAAUAAUAUCUUCACAAGCGAAAUCUUAGAAAUAGUUUCAUAAGUUUUGAUCUGAAGCCUAUAAGUGUAGACUUAGCUAUAAUGAGCAGAAAAUUUGAAAAAUACAAGCCAAUUGACAGCAAGUAGAAAAAAAAUGGAUAAUGUGCAUAAAAUCAGCCUGCAUAAUGUUAUUGAGCAAUGAUGGACACAUGAGCACAGUAGUUUGGCUAUUUAAGUUGAUCAAGUUGGCAGUUCUGCCUAUGCUAUGUUAAAUAAACCUUAUGUUACAUUUGUUUGACUGUUAUUGAUGUUGACUUUCUAAAUGUAAUGACAUAUUUUAAUCCAGAUAUUUUAGUGUUUCACAGAAAAUUUAAACUUUGUGUGAUAUUCAAUCAUAAGGUAUAAGACUAAGUAUAACAUUGGCAUCACAUAGCACAGUAGACAGACAUAUAUGAUUAGCUGUGUCCUGAGACAGCAAAUGGACUUCUAGAUAAUGCUCCUAUAGCUGCAAUGUCAUGGCACCAAAUAUUGAAGUGUAUCAAGUUCUCAUUGAGUAUCAGUUAAUAUGCUGUCAACCAGUCAGACAAAAACAAAUUACAUGGUCGUGUAUCUCAUUGUCAGCAGUUUGCUAUUGUAAACCAGCUGCUGUACUUGACUACACAGAGUUCACAUUUACAAGAAAUUAAAUCGUAUGUGAAGUGUUUUGAGAUAUUUGAAUGUUGUUCUAUGGUGAUAAAUAAAAAUCAAUGCUGUUUCAGUCACACCAAUUUCCUGCAAAUUAAAAUGUUUUGCCAACUUAAGUUUGGAGUGUAGUAUUUGAAUUCUUGAUAUGUUUCGAACACCGUAGGUGGCAAAGCACAUACUCAUGAUGACCUCAGUUCCAGUAGAUGGUGACGAGAUUAAUUCAAAUGAACAAGUCAAUUGUAUUUCUGGUCCAAAGCUAGCAUGUUACUGAAUUAUUUUCCAUCACUUGGCGUCCACCACCCAUAGUUAGCCACAAGGUCUCAAAAAGUUAUCAAAAAAAUCAAAGAGACACCUUAUUGUUUACUCCUCAAUCCUCUCCCCCCCCC